AUGUCAGAUGCUUGGACGGAUAAGAGACAACGGAGCAUUAUCAAUUUUCUUGUAAACUCUCCUGCUGGGACAAUGUUUUUGAAGUCUAUUGAUGCCUCUGAUUAUGUGAAGAUGGGUGAAAAAAUUUUUGAGCUUCUUGAUGGUAUUGUUGAGGAAAUUGGGGAGCAAAGUGUUGUUCAAGUUGUAACUGACAACGGGAGCAACUAUGUUCUAGCCGGUAAGUUGCUGAUGGAGAAAAGACCGAAUUUGUUUUGGACCCCGUGUGCUGCCCAUUGUUUGGAUUUGAUGCUUGAAGACAUUGGGAAGUUACCAUUAAUCCAAAAAACCAUAAAAAGUGCCAUUUCUUUGGAAUUGGUGAGGCAUGCAGUCACCCGAUUUGCCACUUCAUUUUUCUCUUUGGAAAGGCUUUAUGAGGAGAAAGGAAAUCUAAGAAGAAUAUUCACUUCGGAUGAGUGGGUAAGGAAUAAGUUGUCAAGGGAGGCAAAGGGGAGGGAGGCAACAAAGAUUGUUAUUAGGCCCUCCUUUUGGAAUCAUGUCAAGUACACCCUUAAGAUCAUGGGGCCUCUUGUUCGGGUGCUUCGACUUGUUGAUGGGGAGAAGAAGCCGCCAAUAGGUUAUAUAUAUGAAGCAAUGGAGAAGGCAAAGGAAUGCAUCAUGAAAACAUUUUCUAAUGAUGUGAGCAAAUAUUCUGAAGUUUUUAAAAUUGUUGACAACAGAUGGAAUUGCCAACUUCAUCGUCCGUUGCAUGCAACUGGUCAUUUUCUGAAUCCGGAGUUGUUUUAUGAUAAUCCUCGCAUUGAAUUGGAUUUAGAAGUUACAAAGGGAUGGUUUGAGUGCAUCACUAUAUUAGUGCCAAGUAUAGCUGUGCAAGAGAAGAUAUUGGAGGAGCAAACACUGUAUAAGGCCGGCUAUGGACUUUUUGGAUCAUCCUUUGCAAAAUCUCAGAGGAAAAAGAUUUCACCCGAUAAGAUUGUUAUAAAUUUUACAAAACUUUAUAAAUUUAGUUCGAUUAAAGGCUUAGACAAAUUUAUUUUAAUUUUAUAG